AUGGCUGGGUUUGGCGAAACAGUCGAGUCGCUCCUGGAAACAUAUUCCAAGUGUAUAUCGCUCCUGAAGGGCUUAAAGGGGACGAACAGCAGCGGACGGCCCCGUCAACUUCGGAAGAGCAUCCGUUCCGACCGGUCUAAAGUUCGAAGUGUGUACUCCUCGCGACUCUCUAUGUCUGGUAGUGAUUUCGAGAAGGGCGAUGCUGCAGCGCGGUCCUCGCUGAGAAAAGUCAUCAAGCGCUUGACGUCUGCUAUGACACGGCUACUCCAUCCCAUAACGAGAGGGCAAAAACCUGUUAUCGACUAUCACUCACUUAGGACAUUGUCCAACUCAUCACGGAUUGAUGCUGUAAAAACCAUCAAAGAUCUCUCUCGCCGGCUCAAUGCCACAUCUUCGAAUUCGAUCUCGUCCGGAUUAGGUGAAAAGAGCAAGCGGCAGAAGAGAAACAACCUCCUAAGCAAAGCGUCCAAGCACAAGGUCAGGGAACCUCCUGGCCCUAAACUCCUCCGAGGACAAGACGAAGACGAAGAAUCAGAGAAAGAGACUCCCAUCAUCAUGGAACCCCCCGGCCACAUACACUUGCUGGAUGUGAAAGAGCGCUCCACCGGCGGCGAGAGGAUGACCCAGAAGAGCCUGAUGAGCUUACCGUACACCCAACGUACCCCUUGA